ACUCUCCCUUCAUAUAAUUAAUAUGGCUGUUAAUUCGACCACUGGGCGGCAUAGUUGCCUUAUCGUCUUGCCUAGCCGUAAAGAAGGUGUGUCAGCACAGUCUUUCAUCCAGUGUUUUACUUUGACUCAUUCAGCAUUCACUGUUCAGCUGGCUACACCUGGAGGAAAAACUCCAGAGUUCAUUAACCAAGAUGAUCAGAGUCGACGAUGGCUGAAUGAUUUCCGCACAAAAUCCUUUGCUGUUCCCCUGAGUUUGGAAAUAAUUGAUCCCAACAGAUACACUUGUGUGCUGAUUCCUCAUGCUCCUGGAGCUGCAGUGGACCUGGCAAACAACAAGGACCUGGGCCAGAUCAUUUUACAGUUUAUUAAGGACAAAAAGUUGAUAUGUGCCAUAGGCCUUGGUGUAGCAGGGUUGCUGUCCGCACAAGCUGAAGAGCAUUCAAGCUGGGGAUUCAAGACUUACUCAUUAACAGGGUCAUCAGUGUUUGAACUUGCUCGACUGCCAGACUUUGCAGAUCUGGCAGUCAUACCUGAAGAUGCAGUGCGUGAUCGUGGGGCAAGCUUCACAGCCAGUGAGCCUGACUCUGUGCACGUUGUGGUCGACAGGCAUUUGGUCACAGGCCAGAAUGAAGCAUCUACACUCACAGCUGUUCAGAACCUAGUUCUGCUGUGCAAUCAGAGGCAGGGGAAAUCAAGUGGCAAAUAAGAACAAAAAAUUGUGACGGGAGAUUGAACCAUAUUCCAUGGAGACCUUCAGUGUGGAACUGCUGCAGACUUUGAUUCUGUCUAAAUUGAACACUGGAGAAACUGUUCGCAUAUCAGAGCUGAAGAAUGGGCAGAAGUGCUACAUAAGUUGUCAGAAAUUAUGAAUACAUUAAAAUUGAAUUGCAUUAUAGAUGGAAAUAUAUUGUAUGUAAUAAAUGAGACAUUAAUGCUUUUCAGACAAGAGUAAUAUCAAUAAAGUAUUGUGGUAGCAUCAGUA